AUGAAAUCAUACUAUUCUUUAAUCGGUACUAUAUUAAUUGGGAUUAUAAAUUUUGCUUUUGCAAGUUCAUCUAAUUUCACUCUAGAGUGUUAUGCUCCAGGCACUGUCUUAGCUGAUGCCCAUAUUUAUAUUGGCAGCGACAACAAAAUUUAUCUUGGAAAUGUUUCACAGUUGACUAACGGUGUAAUUUUGAAUAAUGGUUCAUUAGAGCUGGAAAGUGGAAAACUCAUGGGUAUAGGUAAAAACUAUCUCUCCUUAUCGGCCGAUUCACCAAGUUUUGAAGUCUUAAAUGACUUUACCGUUCAAAAUGGUACUUUGAAGUUAUAUGACCAAGAUUUCCAUGCUGUCCCAUCUGGAAAAGAAGGUGUAUAUGUUCUGGGGUCCAUUAAUGCUGCAGCUGGAAGAUCUGAUGUGAUCCCAAUUCAAAUAAAGGCUAUUGGAAGUGAUGGGGCUUCAAUCAAAGACUAUAAAGGAGAGUCGGCCGGUUCAACUUCUAUAUCAUUAUUGGGUAGCCAAACAUUCGACGCGUCCUCUGCUUCUUCAGUAUUGGCUCAUUCUACAAGUGGAGGUGGCAUUUCCAAAAAAUCAAGUAAAAACCACGCCGGAAUUGUCGCUUUACAUAGUCACCACUUAAUCUCAUUGAUAGUUGCGUUGAUCAUUUAA